AUGCUAUGUGCUGGUCGGCAAAUAUCACUUCUUCCGUUCAAACUUUUACACACGCAGUUCAAACCUGUCACUAAAAAUACGAGCACGCGAUUCGGAUCUGUCGUAAAAAAAAAAGAAAUUAUCGCGCCAGCAAUAAUUCGGCUGUCGACUGACGUGGCUCUUUUUUUUGGCACGCAAUUGGGAUGCUGCCAAUUUUAUACACAGUCGGUCGGCAAUAUCACUGCAUUAAGGGUCCCAUUUUCCAUGAUCUUCCGGAAACGACGGAACCGUCAAAGGUCCGUCAACGGUAAUUAA